ACAGGCGGAUGAAGCGUUGCUCCUAAAUCCUCGAGGACAAGCAUGACAGUCGCUCCAAUUUCCAUCGGGAAAUGCUUCACGUCCACAGUACAUACCAGGACACCGUAUUUGCAGGUCGCGAAAAACGAUCCCACCCGCGGGAUCGAAUCACCGGCGAAGAAUUCCGAGAGCAGCUGCAGAUCGCGCACAGGUGUAAUGUAUGCUCACGUGCCUAUAAAGGGACGUCGUCUGAUAUACAAUGAGUGACCGGCAUUAGUAGCUCAAAAAUUCCAUUAUUAGAGCGGUCUUUUAUCGAAGAAUCAAAGAUAGUGGGAACCGGAGCGGAAGUAUUUCCUGCUGUUUGGAGACGAAUUCGUGACAAUCAAUCGUGAGAUUCGGGUCAGACGAGUAGGAUAACUUUCAGAGAUUCCAAAGCGCGAUUAUUCAAAACCCUGCGUGGAUCCGGAUGGAUGCGGAAUUUUGGUGGUAGUGACGUUGUAAAAAAGAACAUGCAUGCAACGAUUUUCAACGAUGUGGCGCGAUCUAUGAAGCUCGCGUUAUUUCGUUAAUAUUCGUACGCUCCCGUGAUUGAACACGAUGAUUGCCGAAGACACACUACUAUUUUCAGGCACAAGGGGCACUUCUUGACGGGUUUUCGUUAAGUGAAGGGCAACGGUGGGAAUAAUUUUUUUCUUUUUUAAUUUAAAAAACAAAUUUUACGUGCGGUUCGAAUGAAUAAAUUUUAGUGUCGUGUAAACGUUAAGCGGGACAAUGUUGGAGCGUAUUUCGGCAGGUCUCGGCGCCUGAUGGUUGGUGUGAAAAUGAAACAAGUUUGUCGCUACGAGCAGCUGAUGGCGGCUGAGUGCUGUUUAAGUCUCCGUGUGUCUUGCCACCCCGUUUAAGUAAGAAACCAUCUACGUUAGGACGCGAGGAACUCGGAAUUGCCACGAGUUAAUAAAUCGACGCCACAUUUUGGAUCUCGAAAUCUUCUGCACGGUGAUUAUUUCUCUCUUCUUCGCCGCCCAGCGAUACAUUAAAUCGUCCACUGGCGAUUCAGCGUCCCUUAUAUACUCGCUGGCGAUAUCGCCCGAACUGACGAGGAGAGAAGAGAAGAGAAGAGAAGAAAAGCAAAGUGAAGAGAGGAGAGGAGCGAUAGAUCUCUUCUCGAUAAGCUGGUGGUGAUACAGUGACGUUCUGAGUACGAGAAGUGUGUGGAAAAAAGCAUAACGGUGAUCGGGGGGACACGAACAACGGACACGUAGCCGCCUCCGAUACUCGAAUAUAUCUCCUAUCAAACUACCCAUAUUCCCGUACCCCGAUAUUAAAAAUCGGUAACAGGGCGGCCCAUAAGCUCGGAUUUAUUUCUCGACGUGUGUGCAUACGUGCUGUGCGUACGCUUGUGAAUACCUGAUCCGUGAUACGGGAGCAGCUCUGCUACCUACCUUAGUAAAAUCAUUUUACCUUGUCUAUUUUUUUAAGAUUUUCUAUCCUCUACUCAGUCCGAAGUUUUCUGGGUCCGAUCGCGAGCGAGUGCAAGGAGCGAUAAUAGUGAAAUCAUUCCGCGACAAGGAGGAGCGGCUAGCUCCGUUUUACUACAUACUACAAUUUAAAAACCCAAAGUGAAAAUCGAAUGAAGAAACAUCUUUCUCAUUCUUAAUAUUUUCGUCCAAGGGAAUAGUGAGAAAGCGUACGAAAAGGAAGGAAGGAGAGGAGGACCAAAAAAAAGAAGAAAGAGAAGGAAAGUGGAGGCGAAACGGCCCUCGACUCAACCAACGGCCCGGCGCUCGCUCCGUGUGUCUGACAACGCCUAGACAAUAUCGUCGCGCGCCCCGCAACCAAAUUCUAAUAAACGAAUUCACCCGUACACACACCCUAAAUCACGAAGUUCGAUCAGUUUGCUCCAUUUUUUUUUCUCAUAGAUUAGAGAAUUCAGGCUCGUGUCACGUCGCUAUCCCCCACCCCAUUCUAUAGUAGUUGCACACAUACAUCAGACACACAUAUACAUAACGUAAGGUAUCUUACUGUAAGAAGUGGUGAAAGACUUUUAUACUUUGUUUCGCUGGAUUCAUGUUUAAAGAAAAAAUUGGUUCGCUGUACGUAUAAUACGUACAAAUUGACGAUUACCUGGGUGGAUAUAAUUGAGGUACAUCGCUAGAGUUCUAUCAUAGUUGUGUAGUGUUUGGUGUUUGGCAGUUGUGAGUGUAGUGAAUAUAUAUUUGGUAACGUAAUGUGGUCUCGUCGGCGCGGGCCCAGCCUUCUUUAACCACGUCAGACGCAGCCAAAGGGCAGCAGAGGCUAGAGAGUGAUACCAACGUCGUCUCCGCCUCCAGCUCCCAUAGUGCCUCCAUUGUACCACCAAACAUGUCAUCCGCAACGUUCGUCGACCGGAUAGAUCCCUUCGCCAAGCGUUCUGUUAAGAAGAAGUCCAAGAAGACUCAGGGAUCGUCGCGAUACAGAAACUCCCAGGAUGUUGAACUGCUGCAGCUUGCCCAGCUCAAAGAUGUCUCAGUAUUAGAGCAGGAGGAGCUGUUCCACAGAAAACUGCGACAAUGCUGCGUCGCGUUCGACUUUAUGGAUCCGAUGACAGACAUGAAGGGCAAGGAAAUUAAACGAAAUACCCUCAACGAAUUGGUCGAAUACAUCACGGCAGGACGGGGUGUCCUUACAGAGAGUGUUUACCCUGAGAUAAUCAAAAUGAUUUCGGCAAAUCUAUUUCGCACGUUACCACCCAGCGAAAAUCCAGACUUUGAUCCAGAGGAGGAUGAUCCGACCUUGGAGGCAAGCUGGCCCCACCUUCAAUUGGUUUACGAGUUCUUUCUACGUUUUCUUGAGUCCUCCGACUUCCAGCCAACUAUUGGCAAGAAAGUUAUCGACCAAAAAUUUGUUUUACAGUUGUUGGACUUGUUCGACUCGGAAGACCCUAGGGAACGAGACUUUCUGAAGACUGUCCUACAUCGUAUUUAUGGAAAGUUCCUUGGCCUGCGAGCCUUCAUACGCAAACAAAUCAACAACAUCUUCUUAAGGUUUGUCUAUGAAACGGAACAUUUUAACGGGGUUGGUGAGCUGCUGGAGAUCCUGGGCAGUAUUAUCAAUGGAUUCGCUCUACCUCUCAAAGUAGAACACAAGCAAUUUUUGGUCAAGGUCUUAUUACCACUGCAUAAAGUCAAGUGUUUGUCGCUCUAUCACGCACAGCUGGCCUACUGUGUAGUUCAAUUCUUGGAAAAAGACGCCACCUUGACAGAGCCAGUUGUCCGUGGACUUCUCAAGUUCUGGCCUAAGACAUGCAGCCAGAAAGAAGUUAUGUUCCUCGGCGAGAUCGAAGAGAUUCUGGAUGUUAUAGAGCCUAGCCAAUUCGUCAAAAUACAAGAACCCCUGUUCAGACAGAUCGCACGUUGUGUGUCCUCACCACAUUUCCAGGUCGCGGAGAGGGCACUUUUCUUUUGGAAUAAUGAGUAUAUAAUGUCACUCAUUGAAGAAAACAAUCACGUGAUAAUGGGAAUUAUGUUCCCCGCCCUAUACAGAAUCAGCAAGGAACACUGGAAUCAAACGAUUGUCGCCCUCGUCUACAACGUUCUUAAAACCUUUAUGGAAAUGAACAGCAAGCUUUUUGACGAACUCACAGCCAGCUAUAAGUCUGAAAGACAAAAGGAGAAAAAAAGAGAGAAAGAGAGAGACGAGUUGUGGAAAAAGUUGAAUGAGUUAGAAAUUGAACGACGUGGAACUAUCACAGGUACCAACGCGCCAGUUCCUGCCACAACCGCACCUGUCACACGAGCCCGCCCCUGAGUUGGUAAGCAACGUGGGAACUCGGUACUAUGCUGCCCAACUGUUAGUCCUUAGUUUACGUCGAUUGUCCAUAUAAAGAAAAAGAGAAAAAGCAAAAAAAAAAAAACAAAAAACAAAAAAAAAGCAAAUUAUUGUUAGUGAAUACAAAGAUGUCCGGCGAUGACAUUUUUGGCGUAAUAUGAUUCCUUUCUUUAGUUGCGCCUCAAAGGCGAAGCGGAGGAGAGUGUGACGGUGGAAGCGGUAACAACAAUUAUUUCCCCCCUUAAGCCAUCAUGAUCGGUUGAUAAUGAUUUCUAAUGAUUUUGUUGUGUAUAUUAAUUUUUAAUCUUUUUGACGGCAAUGAUUUAAGUUGUAUGGUAUAAUCUGUGUCAGCACAUAAUACGAGGAUGUUAGUCCCUUCUUAAUUAAGGAUAGCUGUGCCUAGUGGGAGGAGAUGAUCGGGGUGGGAAUCUAAAGGGACGAGGGUUAAAUAUAUAUAUUAUAAUUAUAUUACAUUACAUUAUUGUGUAUCUGUAGUAUGUCCAUGCUCGUGUAUACCCGCAUGUAUAUUACGUGAGUCCCGAACACGCUACAUGAAGAAGUAGCGCCUGAAAGGACGACAGCUUGGAUCCCUUUUUCCCCUCACUCUGAUCCUCGUCUCUGACAGCCAGCAGGGGCGUUGUUUGAAAUGUAUCAUAUAUUCGUAUUAAUAAUAACGAUAACUAUAACAAAACAUAAUAAAUUAGGUAAAUAUAUAUAAUACAAUAUAUAUUAUAAAAAUCUAGUAAUAUCGAUGAUAUGACAAAGUCUCACACACUCACACACGUACAUGAAUAAAUACUGUCGUUAUGAAGUGACGCUCAGUCCUAUGUGCUACCGAUACUAACGUUAAAUCUGCUGACUGCAUGCCCGCAGCUCGAUGAACAAACUCUUUUUUCAAGAACGAUGAAAUCUUAGAGUUAUACAGAUGCAUAAAGUAAAGUUAAUAAUAAAGUAAUAUUGAAAUUCAUUGCGGAGAAAGCAUAAAAUGAAAAAAAAUAUAUAUGUUGUUUUUUAAAUAAAAAAAGAAAAAAAAGAAAAGGAAUAAUAAUGAAUUAAAAAAAAAGGAGGGACAAAUAUACAAUAAAAAGAAAUUAAUUGUACCAAAAUAUCCAUGGUUGCUUAUAAAUAUAAUAAAUAAUAGAGAUACAAA